GAGACAACAGCCGCGGGAGGAAGCCCACAAUGGAGCGGCUGGCGGGGGGUCGGGGGGCUGCCCCCCGCCUCUGAGGGGCCCCGAGGAGUUGGGAGCCGAAGGAUCUAAGCUGGCAGGACCCUCUCCACAGAAUGUGCUCUUCACCAAAGAGCGGGCCGAAGCAGGCGAAGAUGAGAAUCCUGGCGGGACCUUCAAGAGCACUAACAUUGCAGUAGCCCGGCACCUGUGGGUGGCAGUGACCCCCCCAGUCCCCUCCCCUCCAUCUCAGACCGUGAUGGUGUAUUGACCGAGAAGAACCCUGUUUUUUUUUAUUUUUCCUUCCCCUCCCUCCCCCCUCGAGUUUCGGUGGCUUUGGGAUUUGUAUGGCAGCGGCGUAACCGUGGAGAGGCCGGGGUAUCACAAACUUAUGGAUUUUGAUAAGAGAGGAGGGAAAGGGGAGACAGAGGAAGGCAAAAGAAUGUCCAAGGCAGGUGGAGGAAGGAGCAGCCAUGGGAGCCGGAGCGCAGGGACGAACUCUGGAGUCUUAAUGGUGGGCCCCAACUUCCGUGUCGGGAAGAAGAUUGGAUGCGGCAAUUUCGGGGAGCUCCGUCUAGGGAAGAAUCUCUACACGAAUGAAUACGUAGCUAUAAAAUUGGAACCGAUAAAAUCCCGAGCCCCACAGCUGCAUCUGGAAUAUCGGUUUUACAAACAGCUCGGAAAUGCAGAAGGAAUUCCUCAGGUUUAUUACUUUGGGCCCUGUGGGAAGUACAACGCCAUGGUGCUGGAGCUGCUGGGACCCAGCCUGGAAGACCUGUUUGACCUGUGCGAUCGGACCUUCACGCUCAAAACCGUCCUGAUGAUAGCGAUACAGUUGAUCACGCGGAUGGAGUACGUUCACACCAAAAGCCUGAUCUACAGAGACGUCAAGCCGGAGAACUUCCUGGUGGGGCGGCCGGGCAGCAAGCGUCAGCACACCAUCCACAUCAUUGACUUUGGCCUGGCCAAGGAGUACAUUGACCCCGAGACCAAAAAACACAUCCCCUACCGAGAGCACAAGAGCCUGACGGGGACGGCGCGAUACAUGAGCAUCAACACGCACCUCGGGAAAGAGCAAAGCCGCAGGGAUGACCUGGAAGCGCUAGGGCACAUGUUCAUGUACUUCCUGCGGGGCAGCCUCCCUUGGCAAGGGCUCAAGGCUGACACGCUGAAGGAGCGGUAUCAGAAGAUCGGAGACACCAAAAGAGCCACCCCCGUCGAAGUCCUGUGUGAAAACUUCCCAGAGGAGAUGGCGACCUACCUGCGCUACGUGCGGCGGCUGGAUUUCUUCGAGAAGCCGGAUUACGACUACCUGCGCAAGCUCUUCACGGACCUGUUCGACCGGAGUGGCUAUGUCUUCGACUACGAGUACGACUGGGCCGGGAAGCCGCUACCAACUCCAAUCGGCACAAUCCACAGCGACGUCCAGGUGCAGCCUCCGAACAGAGACAAAGCACAGCCACACGCCAAACACCAGCGGUGGGAAGAAGGGAGACUGGUAACAUCCCCAGUGGAAGGUUAUCCGCAGUGCGGUAGCUAUACCAGGCUCUUCACAGAACGAGAGGUCCAGUGCAAUCCCAGAGGAUCUGAUACACAGGAGCAGUCGCCCGAGGGGAACGAGUUGGGUGAUCCUCAGGCUAGUCAGCAGCCUGCCGAGGAACCUCUAGGAACUCACCUAGCGACCAGCAGGCUUGGGGGUUCUGUGCAGGUGAUGAGUUCCACCAACGGAGAACUGAACACGGACGACCCAACCGCGGGACAUUCGAAUGCCCCGAUCACGGCGCCCGCCGAGGUGGAGGUAGCGGAUGAUACAAAGUGCUGCUGUUUCUUCAAGAGGAGGAAGAGAAAAACCAUCCAGCGCCACAAGUGAUCUGCCAGGGACAUCACGGAUCAGUUUGUGCCGUAUCGCCUCCAACUCUGGCUACGGAUGGGUCUAGAUUCCUGAUCAGAUCUGCAAGGCCUUCCUGCCCUCUGAUUUUGAUGGGGGUGGGGGAAGAGCCGUCAUGACUUCACCGCCCCACACCACGUGUGUGGAUGGGGAGGGGGGGAGGGAAGUUCCCAAACUGCUUUACUUUUCCUCCACUACCACCACAUCCACCCAGUGAUCGUUUACUCAAACCAAGUCAGACUUUGCCGACGUUCCCACGCCCGUCUGUCGUGCAGUCCACAGAGAGCAUUAAGCUAUUUAAAAAAGGAAACCAACCAACCAAACCCACAACGUGAAUUUCUUUUGAUUCUAUUAACUAGUUUGAAAACGGGGAUCAACUCUACAGACUCGAAAAACGUUGCUGGCGUAGAAGAAGCCGAAGAUAAUUUCAAGAGCGGUGGGCUAUGGAGAAUUUUUUUUUCCCUGUCGCUUCUUUAUCUCCGAAGUUAAUUUAAGUCUCCGUGCAGAGUGCUGAGUUGUCAGUCUUUGACCUUCCUCUUUUUAGUGUUACGAAAUUCUGCUUUUCUUUUAAAGAUUGUGUUUUCCCUGUGAGCUCCCCCCUCCCCCAUUUGGUUAAAAUUCUUUCCUUGUGGGGGCGAUCAGUCGCUAUGUUAGCCGAGUCUCUGGUACGGUGACGCGUGGAGGAGGGACUCGUUGACACUUUCGUUUUACGAUGCACUUUUGCUAGCAAUACAAGCGAUGUUUGGUCUUGAAAUUAACAGUUAAUUACUAAACUGGGGAAAGCAGGUGGGGGGGAGGGGAGGGGAGCUGAAUUUAGGGUCUCAGGAAUGGUUGGGAGCUUAUCGGAACCCUGAAGCCACGCCCUUGGCCAUUUGAAAUGGGCAACCUACCUUGGGGGCACCUGGCCAAGACCAAAGGGAAACUUGAUGUUGAAGAGGAAGGUAGAAAAAGGAUGUCUUAAUGGUCCCUGCAAUGAGCCGUGGGGUGGGGAUUGUUUCCUGGCGCCCAGGACAGCCUAGGACAUUUUUAUUGAGCACGGGAUAGCUGAGUCCUGCUUAUUCUCCUGGCAUGAGAGUUCAGUGUCCUCAUUUUAUGUGAAGUUGCUUAACUGGACUCUUUUUUUUAAAAAGACUUUCCUGGUGUCCAGGCCCACAGCCCCGUGAAACUCCCCCUAGCUGAUAUUCUGAUCAGCAGGGACCUCCCAGGAGGACCAAGGGCCUUCUAAAUGAACCAAAACCAAGUCAGUGCAGUAAGGAAGCAGUGUGCAUGUUCCCUGGGGGGAGGAGGGGAGGCCAGCCGGGGAGGAAUGGUUAAAACUCCUUGGGGUUCUAUGUCCCCCCUGAAAGGGGCAGCGUGGAGUGAAUCAGAGUUGGAGCUUGCUGGGAAGUACCAGCCCUCACGAGGAUAGACCUAGCUCGGCCGUUCUCUCUGUCCACUGACUCUCCUUUCUGGAGGAUACCGAGGGGGAAGGGCUGGAGGGGACCUUAUGAAGGUUGAAACCUGCCUGCUUCCCAGUCCCAUCACCGGGCUGGAGCCCUAGGCUUGGCCCACUCGGCUCAUCCAACAAUCAGAGGCCCGUGUGCUUACUCCAUAGCUGAUCACAUGUGGCAGUUCCUAGUUGUGGAUUUUUUUUUAAACUAUACCCCACCCCCACCCCCACACACAGACACAACCACAAGGGGCACAACAGCCAACCUUAAUUCAGUGUAAAACGACUGAGAAUGUGUGUCUGGUUGUGCGUCUUUACCACGACAACACAAUUUGACUUGGGGUUGGUGGUUUGUUUUUUUACAGGGCGGGCGGGGAAGUAGCAUGUGGGUUUUUUUUAUUUUCCGUGUAAUUAUGACACUUGUAAUGUUUGAACUGGAGGAGCUGGAAGCUGCUCUGAGGUUGUGCAGGAGGAGGAAGUUUGUGUCUGAGACCCUCCAAGCCUUUGUCUGAAAUAAACACUGCCAUGCUUUGCUGGCGCAAAGGGGGAGCGUGUGGGAGGUCCUCAAACGCCACUUGGGCUAGGUACGUCCUGCUUAACCCUUCUACAGAGGCCCAUGGAACGGGGCCCUGUGAUGAUUCACCGGCCAGCCGGGCCAACUCCUCAACUGUGGCCUCCAUCCUGUUGCUGCAGCAGGUGGGCUGCUGGGGGUAGGAAGAGAGGGCUGCAGGGGCGGUGGCUAGGGCCCACAGGCAGGGGCAGCCUAGCCCAGGCCUCUCCCAUUCCUGCUGGAAUACAGCAGCUUUGUCACUCUUCAAACCAAAUUCCUUUCAUUUAAAUCAGACCUGAAUGGUUAAAAACAGGCUGAAGCUAGUUCAAGUGGCCUCCUCCUUCCCUAGCAUCCGCCCUAAGCUGGAAGGUCGUGUCCCUUUAAAGAGCCUGGGGACUCUGCCUCAGACGCUGCCUCAUAUUCUUCUGGUCUGCGGUUUGACUUCAACAGCAGUGCCUCUGUCAGGCUCCAGAGAACCAAGGGGGUGGGCGAGCUAGGCAAGGAGCGCACAGCCAGCUGCUAGAGAGCGCUUGGUUCUUGACAACUCAACGAAUUCCACCAAAUCAGGCCCUUUGUAGGGUAUUUAGUUAUGUGCAAUGUUUGACCUUGUUUCCCAAACAAUGCAAGUGAAACCGCCUUAAAUCUUCACUGGAACUGUACGUCCAGUCCCCGAAGGUGUAAAAUAAAAGUAUGUAUGUGAGUGGGUGCAGGUGAGUAUUUGGACUGCUGUUUGCCAUGUGUCUUUUCAGACAAACCUACGGCAGGCUUACAAGGAACUAAACACAAGGGAAAGAGGCCAGGGCGUUUGCUGAACUCUGUCUGCGGCCUCUCUUCCUGGCCGAGGGAGCGGGCGGGCGCUAGGGCUGCCUGAGCUGGAGGGGGCAGCAGGACACUAGGAGACUGACUUACUCACAUUAGGGAGAGUCCGUACUUGUGUUGCUCCAGAGCAGAAGGGUGGCUGUUCCAGUGCGAAUUUAGUUAUGGCUUUAAAUAAAAGUGUACAGACCUGGUAUUUACAUUUCUCUGAUGCUUCCUGGAAGCCAUAGAAUUUAGGGGCUUUUUUUUUAAAAAAAAAAUAAAAAUAAAAAAAAUCCAA